AUGUCAAAACCAACAACAAUUGCGUUGACAGCAUCACCAAGUGGUGAACCUCACGAAAGGUUUAAUAAUAUUGUUGCAUGUUCUCCAUUUUCACCUCCAACUAAUGAUUCAAUUUUCUUACAACAACCAUUUUCUGAUACACAAUCAUAUUCGAAACAUGGACAAGACUUGGAAACUUCUCCGAAUCCAAUAAGUAUACAACUGCCAUCAAUUCCUCCACUUCAAAUUCACCAUCAACAACAAUUGGAUCAAAAUUCCCACGAUCAUCACAUUGAUAUUGCAAAUUAUUAUUCGAAUGAACCAUCCAAAUCAUCAGUUUCAGGUGUUUCCUUUUCAGAUAGUAAUCAUCUAGUCAUGAUGAUGGAGGAGGGAAAGGAAAAUCCAUCCUCCAUGAUGAAUCAAACCACCUACUACAAGACAGAGAAUGUCAAGGAAAAGACUUGUCAUUGGUUUCUUUACAUUUAUUACAUUGCAUACGUGUGCAAUUUUGGUGGCAAUGGCUCUCUUCUUGGGAGUUUAUAUUUCUGA